UCGAAGGUAAGGAGACAGGCAGCUUGGCAUCAUGUUAGAACAUCGAUAAGUAUGAGAAAGAAGAAAAGAACAACGUUUGUUACUCUUGUUCUGGUUUUGGUGGUAAUUGCUAUUUUAUCAUGCUGCAACGGUAAAGAUGGCUGUAGAGACCUUGAAUAUUUACAAUGCAUUGAAAACAAAACGUUCACUGGUCACGUGAUCAAAACCACCAACCUCAUAGCACCAGGACUGGAGGAAUGUCAAAUGAGGUGCUUUGCUGUUCAUGAUUGUGUCUCGUACAAUUUGGGACCAAUAAAUGAUCACAGAAGAACAUGCGAGCUGAGUUCAUCUGAUCAUUGGACAUUCCAUGAUGCUCUUAAAGACAUGAAGGGCCAUGAAUACUGCCCUAUCAAGAAUCCAUGUUCGUCGAAACCUUGCCCGCCUGCUAAACCGCUCUGCUAUCCGGACUUUGCUUGGGAUAAGCACACCUGUAGAG